AUGCUAAACCACACCUCUGCAGUUGCUGACCUGGAACAAUGUGAAUCUGCAGGCAGCAAGUGCCAUCAACAAGCGGAGUGUCUCAAAGUCCAAAACAAUUUCACCUGUGUGUGUGGCAUGGGCUACCAGGGUGAUGGUGUUAUGUGCAGUGACAUUGACGAAUGCUUUAGCGGCCUGCACAAUUGUCAUGCGAAAGCCCGCUGCAAUAACACGCUUGGCAGCUACAGUUGCUUUUGUCUUAACGGAUUCAUCGGCGAUGGCACUAACUGCCAGGAUAUUAAUGAGUGUCAAAAAGAAAACGGGGGCUGUCACCCCUUCGCAAGCUGCAGCAAUUUCGAGGGUGGACGUCAGUGCCAAUGUAAAGUCGGCUUUGAUGGAAACGGCUUCGAGUGCACUGAUAUAAAUGAAUGCGCCAACCAAAAUAUUUGCCACUGGAAUGCCACAUGCACCAAUAACCCUGGCUCUUAUGUGUGCACCUGUAAUGCUGGCUAUAAGGGCAACGGGAACUACCUGUGUUUGGAUAUCGAUGAAUGUUCAGAGACUCCGCAGGUGUGCUCGUCUUCGCUCGGUUACAAAGGCUGUAAAAAUCUGCCCGGUACAUAUCGCUGCACAUGCAGCAACGGCUUUGAGAGUAAUGGCAAGAGUUGUGUGGACAUUGAUGAAUGCGCAAGCAACAUCUGUAGUUUAUUUGCCGACUGUUCGAACACCAUAGGGUCGUACCAGUGUACGUGCAACGGCGGUUUUGUCGGAAAUGGCCUGACAUGUGUAGAUAUAAACGAAUGUAAUCAGGACAACGACUGCGACCCCAAUUCUGUAUGUAUCAACAGGCUUGGGAGUUAUGAAUGCUCAUGUCUGGAAGGGUUUGUUGGAGAUGGUAGAUUUUGUGAGGAUAUUGAUGAGUGUGGAGAACCAAACAUCUGCCCUUCUACCACUACGUGUGUCAACACUGCUGGGUCAUAUUUCUGCGACUGUGGCAGUGGCUUCAUCUUUAAUAAAUCUGAGUGUCAGGACCUGGAUGAAUGCGAAGCAGGUCUUUGCAGCCCAAACUCUGUCUGCACUAAUUCAAUCGGUACCUUCGCAUGCCAGUGUGCAGCAGGUUACAGAGGAGAUGGCUUCAUAUGUGAUGAUUUGGACGAAUGUUCAGUUCCGACUCUGUGCCACCCCAAUGCUCUUUGCACUAACCUCCCUGGUAUCUACAAUUGCAGCUGCCAGGUGGGUUACUCUGGAGAUGGCGUAAACCAGUGCAGUGAUGUCAACGAGUGUCUGGUGGAUAACGGAGGAUGUAGAAAUAAGGCUACAUGUGUGAACAACUUAGGCUCUUUUACUUGCCUGUGCCAGAAGGGAUUUAUCUUGGUUAACCAGACUAUUUGCCAAGAUGUAAAUGAAUGUGAGGAACAGGACAAUCUAUGUGGUGUCAAUGAAGAAUGCAAGAACAACGAUGGUUCAUAUGAAUGCCCCUGCCAGAUUGGAUAUUACCGCCCCGCCAUAACCAUGGACUGUGUCGAUUUUGAUGAAUGCACAGAAAAUGUAUGCCAUGUUAAUGCAACAUGCCUAAACACGAUUGGCUCCCACACUUGCACCUGUAAGCGUGGCUUUAUAGGCAAUGGAACCCAGUGUGAUGAUAUUGAUGACUGCUCUGUGGUGGACACGUGCCAUCCACAGGCACUAUGCACCAACUUUAUCGGAGGUUUCUUUUGCUCCUGCCUGCAAGGCUUUGAAGGCGACGGCUUCUUCUGUAGGGAUGUGGACGAGUGUAUCCUUUUCGAUACCAUUUGUCCAGAUUUUUCAAAAUGUGUCAACUCCCCAGGAGCACAUGUUUGCUCAUGUUUGAACGGUACAGUUGUGUUGAACGACACUUGUGUGCCACCCAGUCCUCUCUGUAGCCCAGGGUGUCACAUUAAUGGCCUGUGCCACCACACACCUGCUGGACACCAAUGUGUUUGCGACCUGGGUUAUAUUGGUGAUGGGCUGGGUUGCUUUGAUAUAGAUGAGUGCCAGAGGGAAGACAUUUGUCCAGAUAACAAUACAGAAUGUGUAAAUUUCCCUGGUUCGUAUUCCUGUGAUUGCAAGCAAGGCUACACUCUCAGUGGAACUCAGUGCAGUGACUUUGAUGAAUGCCAAGUCCAAAAUGGAGGAUGCCAUAAGGUUGCCAGCUGCAUGAAUAUCCCUGGAUCUUUCAUCUGUGAAUGCCCCAUUGGAAUGGAGGGUAACGGUUUUUAUUGCCAAGAUGUAAACGAAUGCGAGCAGAAUUCCACGAUGCCGCACAACUGCAGCGGCCAGGCAUUGUGCCUCAACACAUAUGGAGCCUACAACUGCCAGUGCCUGGAUGGAUACCGCGGAGAUGGCUUUGAUUGCGACGAUGUGGAUGAAUGCCAAGAUAAUACAACUUGUAGCACAAAUAUGACAUGCAACAACACCAUCGGUUCCUAUUCUUGUCUGUGUAUUGUUGGCCUGGUGUAUGACGAAGGAACAUGUGUGACUCAAGACACCUGCCAGAACAGCAGCUCCAUAUGCCAUCCCCUCUCUGAGUGCCACCACUUUCAGGGUUCCUUCUACUGUCAGUGCAAAGACGGCUACGAAGGCAAUGGUUACGAAUGCUCUGAUGUGGACGAAUGUGACCUAUUCCAAGUUGAAAUAUGCCCUACCUUUUCUUCCUGUAUUAACACUAAUGGCUCCUACCUAUGCGAAUGUUGGAAAGGUUAUCUCAAGAAUGGGACAUACUGUCAGGACAUAGACGAAUGUGCAAUCGGGAACUUCACCUGCCCGGUAAACAGCACGUGCAACAAUGUCAAUGGCAGCUACGAAUGUAUAUGUGACUCGGGCUUCUCCGGCAAUGGAUCCAUCUGUUUGGAUGUGGAUGAAUGCUCUCUCGACUAUAUUCAGUGUCCUAAUUCCUCCAGCUGCCUGAACUCGAUGGGGUCUUUCUCCUGUGAAUGUUGGGACGGUUACCAAUACAAUGGUAGGGUGUGUGAGGAUAUUAAUGAGUGCCAGAAAAACUCUACCUGCCCUGAUUUUAGCACGUGCAUGAACACCAACGGCAGCUUCCAAUAUAUUGAUGAAUGCAACUACAAUACAUCCUGUCGCUUUGAUCAGGUGUGCACCAAUGCUCCUGGGACGUACAACUGCACUUGUCCUUUGGGAUUCCAUGAAGAGGGGGGCAAGAAAUGGCUCAUGGGCUUUGUAAGUAUCGGGCCUCUGUGUGUAGACCUUGAUGAAUGCCAGCAGGCCAAUGGGCAGUGUCACUUUGCUGCUACCUGCUCCAAUCAUGUAGGAGAUUUUAAAUGCACCUGCAACCAAGGCUGGAGUACAACAAAAGACAAUGGUCAUGGAAAAGGAGGAUGUGAGGACUUUGAUGAAUGCGUGUCACCCUCAAUAUGUCCUGGGCAAACUUCUUGUAAAAAUCUGCCAGGGUCUUAUGCCUGUUCCUGUCCAGAAGAUAAUGUAGUGUGCAACAUAACUCAUAAUGAGAGCAUCCUUUACCCAUUUGGAGCAGAGGUCGGCGACAGACAAAUACACAUGGACACCAAAGACGGAAAUUCUCCAUAUAUUCUACCACCGAUAGGGUUUCCAUUCAUGGGGAAAUUAUGUGACAGAAUUUAUUUCUCUGAUAAUGGCCUUGUCCAGUUUCAGUGUGUUGCCGAGAAUGAGCAGUAUCUGUUCCCAGCUCCAUUAGCUCAUGGAUUUCCCACUGAUAUGAAUGUGUCUCUUUUGGCGGUCUUCUGGGAUGAUGUUGACCUCACCCAAGGCGAUGGACGUCUCUUCUACAAAGAAUACCACGAGUCUGAUAGUUCAGAUGUAUACUUCCACAUAGUGUUCAAUCGUACAGCCAAUGAUGUUUCAAAAUUCGAGGGGUUGAGAGGAAAGCCUGCUUUUACGCCUGCUUGGAUCCUCAAAAUAACUUGGGACAAUGUAAUGGCUGUGUCUUUCCAGAACAUCAAUCAGUCAGAGGCUCUGGAAGAUUUGUCCUUCCUGCAAGAAACCGCUGACCAAGGAUCACAGCUGAAGAUUUUGAGGGCUCAGAGAUGGGGCGGUGCCAGGGGCCAUGUCUUUCGAUCACUUUUGGCCAAUAAAUAUGGAUCAGGAAAGAGAUGUGUGUAUGAUCCUGAAGGACCUCUGCUGGCUGGUUACAAUGAGCGGUACUUCUCAGGACACAGUGCCCAGAAACAUAUUGAUAAAGAUCUUCUGCCUUUCCAGUGGUGUUGUAUUGGGUCUCCUCUUUGCCACCUUUAUCUCAAAAAGCGGCCCGUUGACCGGUGCAGUGGUUACAGUUGGGCCAAUUUGGACGGCUCCAAGCUAGCCAAUGGAGCAACACAGGGUCUCGCAAUGGUGUACGGCAUUCUCCAUUUCAUCACCUUCGAUGGGACGGAGUACUCCUUUAAAGCAUUGGGAGAGUUUGUGAUAGUGCGGCUGUCUUCCAACACUGGAUCUAAUAUCUUCACCCUGCAAGGACAGACUGAGCGGCUGCACACACACAAAAAAGGGAGCAUUAACUUCCCAGCGGUGGUACGCAUGGCUUCUUUCCACCAGGGCAUUGGCAAGAUUGAAUGGAGAUGUGCAGAGAAAGGAGAAGGACUGCAGUUAUUUGUAGAUAACGUUGAAAUUUUUGUCACUGUUGGUGUUGUGCACGUAGGAGAGAAAGACUUUGUAGUACGCUGCAUUUCAGUGGAUCGCUGUGCGGCUUUGUAUGCUGGUGGUCUCCAUGUGCUCGUGUGGCGUGUGGAAGGCCGCAACCAACUGGCAGCCAUAGUGGAAGUUCCCCAGACAUUUUACAACCGAACAAUUGGUCUCAUGGGUCUCUGGAGUACGAACCGCUCAGAUGACUUCCUCAUGUCUGACGGCCGGCUUCUGUCUUCAACUGACAGUAACCCGCCCUCAGAAGACGCGCUGCAUCUUUUUGGGCUGUCCUGGGCAGUCCCACAACCAGAAAGCCUACUAUUUUCUUCCUCUCCACUGAAUCCACUUGAAGCGGUCUCUCUCAAAGAACUGCUGGAGGGCUUCAGUCCUGAUGUAGUGGAGCAGCAAAGGAAAAUCUGCCAAGGCAGUAUGCAAUGUGUCCAUGACAGUCUUGCAUCCAGCAGCCCUGACCUAGGGCUUCAAACACUGAAUGCGGAAAAACAAUACCAGAAUUUAGCCCAAAUCUAUGGCAAUACUCCUCCCAUAGUGACAGAACCUACGCUAAUCCAUGCUCAGGUCAACUCUCCUCUCAACAUACGGAUCAUUGCUCAGGAUCCUAAUGGAGAUUCUAUCUUUUAUUCACUACUCUCACCAAGACCCCGGCAGGCCUCCAUUGGCAGUGCUGAUGGAUACUUAACCUGGAUGCCCCCUAACAUCCAACCGGUCAAGUUUACUAUUAAGGUCACAGACAUGCGCUCCAGCUCCUUAUUUACACCCAUUCUACGUAUCUGCAACUGCCUCAAUGGAGGGACGUGCUUGUCUGACAGCGUCAUUGAAAACCACCUUCAGGGAAAGUUCCAGGUGUUGGGGUGUUUAUGCCCGAAAGGGUUCAGUGGCAAGUUUUGUGGAAACAUUGCAGACCAAUGUAAAGGCAAGCCAUGUUUCCGAGGGGUGCAGUGCCAAUCAGAUCUGCAAAAUGGGGACUUUAAAUGUGGGGACUGCCCUGAUAAUACAGUGUCCAACGGAAAGGAGGGAUACAAGUGCUUUAAGCAUGACAUGUGCAUGCCUCCGUAUACCUUCCCCUGCCACAAAGAUGCGACAUGCUCCAGCACCAAGCAAAACUACACCUGCACAUGUAAAUCAGGCUUUUUGGGAAAUGGAUUGAAUUGUACAGAUAUAGACGAGUGUGCUGAGGUGUCAACUUGUCCCAAUGCCAAGUUUGAGUGUAAGAACAUACCAGGUUCUGUCGAGUGCUACUGCAGAUACCAGAAUGAUAAGGACACUGACGGAUGUGGUGACUCUGCCAACCCUCCAGGGGCAAAUGUGUUCACUGUGCUUGUGGAUUGGGGGAGGAACGGGCCGGACGGACUUGAUCAGUUGGUAAACAUCCUGUCUCAAGGCUUUCAGAACAAAUUCUACAAUGCCAGAAAGAUGGACCCAGGACACAGUUCAAGUCCAAAUCAGGUUGAGUAUCGAAUUAAUGUGUCCAGUGAUACACCUCACUGGUACAUCAGAGACUACCUAGCCAGAGUCAGCAGCCGUUAUGACAUCAGCGCCAUAGAAGUUGAUGAUCUGGAUGAGUGUCAGGCCAAUGAGGCGGCAUGUGUGUACCCUGCAGUAUGCACCAACACUUAUGGGGGCUAUAGGUGUGUGUGCAAUGGCACAACUGAUGUAGAUGAAUCACAGUCUUGUGUAUUUGCAGAAAGAGACAACGUUAACAACAAAAAUAUAGAUCUUAUAUUGGGCCUGGUUCUGGGAAUUGGAAUCCCACUGCUUCUCAUUCUGGCUGCACUGGCCUAUUUUUGCUGCUGCAAGAAGACAGUGACUGGAGAUUUGCCACACCUACUGUACGACCAAGUACAAGAAUUGCCCAAUUCUCAACCCAUCAACUACUCUGACCCAACUUUACACUACACGACUCAUUGCAGUCCCAGGAUCAUAGACAACAUCACACCCCGGCAAAGGAACAGAUAGCACAUGCUGAAUUUAAUUUUACAUAAAGCAUGUGUAUGCUUGGGACACACGCAAAAAAUCAUAUUCCAUGCAGACAUGCGAAACAGACCUCAAGCACUUUUGAAGCUGAUGUUUUAUGAUAAAGAUGGAAAACUUAUUUAUAUGGUGAAAAACGAGUAAACCUG